AUGAAAGCCACAACCAGCUUCAGCUACUCUAGAAACAACAGCAACUGCACCAGUGAUAACAAAAUCAGUCAAGUAAUUUUUCCUUUGCUUUACACAAUUCUGUUCCUAGUGGGUAUCAUCAUGAACAGCCUGGCAAUGUGGGUCUUUUUUAAAAUAUCCAGUAAAUCCAAUUUCAUCAUCUUCCUGAAGAACACUGUCAUUUCUGACUUCCUCAUGAUCCUGACUUUUCCAUUUAAAAUCCUUAGCGAUGCAAAAUUAGUAUCAUGGGUACUGAGAGGAUUUGUGUGCCAGGUCACUCAGGUUGUAUUUUACUUCACCAUGUACAUUAGCAUUUUGUUUCUUGGUCUAAUAACUGUUGAUCGCUAUCAGAAAGCCACUUCACCAUUCAGAUCAUCAACACCAAGGAGCCUUUUAGGUGCUAAGAUCCUGUCCACAGCAAUUUGGAUAUCAAUGUUUACUCUCUCAUUACCCAACAUGGUUUUAACUAACAAGAAGAAAACACCCAAGAGCGUAAAAAAGUGUGCCUUCUUGAAAUCUGAGUUUGGCUUAGUCUGGCACGAAAUCGUAAACUAUAUUUGUCAACUUAUCUUCUGGGUUAAUUUAGCAGUCAUAGUUGUAUGCUACAUACUUAUAAGUAAAGAACUGUACAAAUCCUAUAAAAGGACAAGAUGCACAGGAAAAGCAUCCCAAAAGACUGUAAAUCUGAAGGUUUUCAUAAUUAUCGCAGUGUUCUUUAUUUGUUUUGUGCCAUUCCACUUUACUAGAAUCCCCUACACUUUGAGCCAAACAAGAGACGUUUUUGAAUGCUCUGCUCAGAACACCUUGUUUUACUUGAAAGAGAGCACGCUGUGGCUGACAUCGCUGAAUGCUUGCCUAGAUCCAUUCAUAUACUUUUUCCUUUGCAAAUCAUUUAGAAAGUCCUUGAUAGACAUGAUGUGCAAGAACACAGCAUCAUCAGAACUCGGAGCACGGAUGAAGGAGCAGAACGAAGGAGAUGACACAGAUGAGACGCCGCUCUAGAGCUAAGAACCACCCAUACCUGUUCUUGGCGGGCAGAAGCAGCACAAAUUCCGCAAAGAAUAUCUAGAAUCACCAACUUCCUUAGAAAUUGUCCUACAGAUGAAGCACAAGCACCCUGGAACCAACAUCACUGGUUGCAAAAACGGUGAAACUAGAAAGCUUGAAUAAAACAAGAGCACCGCCUGACCACCACCUCCACACCUGUCAGAAUUGCUAGGAAAAUGUUUUAACUUCUAGUUGGAGCUGUAAGGAAAAAAAUUUAACCCGAGUCAUUAAGUACUACAGAUGAGAUUAUGAACUGCAAAGAUUUUACAGAAAUAACUUAGCUUGGGCCAGAGUAAAAUCCAUGACAACACAAGAUCUGGAAAAUGCAAACAAAAUCCACAGUAAACGUGAUUUUUAAAUACAGGGAGUUGUCACCUUGUAUACAGCUGGCAGACAAACAGAAAUAUAGGACAUGUAGAUAAACUGUUUAUCUUUGCAGAUUUUUGAUAACAGAAUAACAUUUUGCUUAUCUAAUUAUAUGCUUGCAAUUCUUAAUCCAUUGAUCAAUAAUUAAUAGUUGUAUGUCAGAGGAAAUUAUUUCAUAAUCAGGCUUAUCUUGAUGUGAGUUAAAUCUUCAAAUACUUUACCCUGCUAUAUGAAUAAACAAAAAUGUACACUUUUAUAAAGAACAAUGUGUAAUAUUAGAAAAUAUACAAAGACUAUUUACAGAAUACUUAGGUCUUAGGGAAAAACAGACUCAUAGUAAGAUCUUUACUGAUUAUUAAGGGAAGCUUUUUUGCACUACACAAAAAAUUUAACCACUUCCUUUUUUUCAUUUGGGAAAGCUGAAAAAGAAAACCAGGAAUGUAUUUUCAGGUACAUAACAUUUUCAGGAAUCAUAACAACUACAGAUGAAAAAGACCCUAGGCUACUGCAAUAAAUUAUGCUUCAUUUAUCAUCACUGCAAAACAGCUCCAAUUCAGAAAUACAUUUCACCAUCAUGCAAGAGCUCAGUCCUGGCAAAAGCCAUUGCCUGUCGACCCUUCUCUGGUACUUACCUGUGCCGGGCAGUGCACUGGGUGUUUUUACAACAGAUACCCAAAUUUCCUAAAAAGCUGAAAGACAGUUCACUUACUUUAGCACUCAGCCUUACAGUUUAUGCAUCUCUUAAAACCUGGACAAAUUAAAUAUUUUACAAAACA